CCCCCAUAUGGCGAGUAGAGUCGGUAAUUAGAUUUGACAAUGGUCCGGCCCCUCUCCUCGUAUAUAAAGUGGAGAACACUUGGGAGAGGACUGUUCCAAUAAGACUCAGGCUGGUGUGACGGGAACCAGGAGAGCAGUGCAAUUCGACCCCUGGGCUGCUGUGUGAAGCUCCUGCCUCUCCGCUCUCACUCGGCAGCAACCGAGCCUCCACCUGUCGUCCAUUCACUACGGCAAAUAAAGAGACAGUGCCGGGGAGAAUCAUGAAACUCAUCGUAGCCUUCGCUGUCAUAAUGUUGGUGUCGGCGCAAGUCUUCGCCGCAGAAAUCGGACUCGAUGAGAUCGACUGGCCAUACAGUGACCAGGUCCAGGAGGAAUUACCUGUGUUUGAAAAUUUUCUACAGAGGAUUGCAAGGAAACCAAGACCUGAUCAGUUUUACGGUUUAAUGGGAAAGAGGAACAACGGAUAUGGCCAGAUGUCCCGCAAAAGGUAUAAAUCAGAUACCUUUUAUGGACUUAUGGGCAAAAGAUCUUUAUUAUCUGGAUCAACAGAAAGGAACACGAUACAAAACUACGAAAGAAGACGCAAAUGAGCCCUCCCCCACCCCUUCCUGUCGAUUAAACUUCAUUCAUUGAACCAGAAGCUGAAGUGUAAUAUAUUAUAUCCUGUGUAAAAUUAAUACUUAUUUAUUUUAAAAUUGGUUUAGCUUGUAUAUUCAAUAAAGUUAUUAUUUUUAAUAGUGUGGCAAUGAUACUUGUCCUAUAAGUGUGCUGUGAUUCUCCGACCAUCACUCUCAUCGGGAUAAUGUAAUAUGAUUGGAGAGUGGGCCGACCGGUGGAGGAGGAUCUGACAUGGUGAGGAACCUCACGGGACAAUCCCAACCACCCUCCUUGGGACUACUUACUGGACCACUUCAAUCUUGAAGGUUCGGACCUAUGGAGCUUUACUUUCAUGGAAAUGACCAUGGUCCUGUUAGACGAGCACAGGUUGGUCAUCUACAUAUAGGGUUGCCACCUGCAAAAAAAAGUACCGGCCAUGCUAAUUUGCAUACUUAAUUAUAUAUGAGUGACAUCACAGGAUACACCUAUGCGGGGGAAAUUUUGUCCUAUUCUGACCCCUAUAACUUUUUUAUUUCCCCUUAUACGGGCCUGUAUGAGGGCUCAUUUUUUGCGCCCCGAUCUGUAGUUUUUAGCAGUACCAUUUUUGUUAUGAUGUGACUUUUUGAUCGCUUUUUUUUUUUAAUUAAAUUUGUGAGUUGCAGUUAGUUACUAACUACAACUCCCAGCAUGCCCUGAUACAGCCUGUGGCUCAGCAGCUGCCCCAAAUGAAAACUACAACUCCCAGCAUGUUGGACUAUAUAGUUGUAUAUAGUAUAGGUCAGUGUUUCCCAAUCAGGAGUGCCUCCAGCUGUUGCAAAACUACAACUCCCAGCAUGCCCGGACAGCCAACGGCUGUCCGGGCAUGCUGGGAGUUGUAGUUUUGCAACAGCUGGAGGUGCUCUUGUUGGGAAACACUGGUAUAGUAUAUGGUGCAACAUUCUGGGAGUUGGAGUAUUGGUUGGAUAAAUACCGGCCAUUGCAUUGCCGGCAGGGUUGACAAAAAAUAAAACGGCUGUGCCGGUAAAAUGCCGGCCAGGUGGAAACCCUAUGUACAUCCAGCCCCGGAUCUCCAGAUCUUAAUCAGGACCAGUAGCUUCCAAGUCAUGGUGGGGGGAGAUCUCCAUUCUACGUUUGAGGUUUCUCAUUGUAGCAGAUUCUCCCUAAUAUGAAGAUGUUCUCUCUAUCCAGUAGAACGGGUAGAGGCAUCCACAUGCUGGUACUUGUAGUCCGUAUGGGCCACCACAGGGUCACUGCCCCUACUGUCUAAAUACGCUGUUUUACCGGGACUUGGGUGGGAGGCAGAUGUUCAAUGUUUCAGUGUUCCAUGAUAACAGGACGACUCUUAUACCCUUGUUAUUAGACAUUGGUAUCAUUGCAGCAUGUUUUAUUUUAUUUCCUGAAUGUGAAUCCGAAGUCUUCAUUUCAUAGUUUAGAUUUUUUUCUGAUAGUGGCACUUUGAAUAAAAAAAAAACUCGAGAUUUUGCAACA